CUCAAAUGUUUGUGAGGACACUAGUAAUAUUUUAGUAAUAUUUUGUAUAGCUAUGUACCAAAUUUCUACAUGCAAGCUGUUGGCUUUCCAUUGGCUGUCUAUCGAAAGCGCUUUCAAAUCGCACCAUGGCGGAGAAUGAGAACCUUAAUGGCAUUGGGCUGGGCAAGUUUAUUGCGUGGACCCUGCUCACUUUUGGAAUCUGUCUGCUGGGCGCCAUUCCGCAGUGGAUGAUCUUGUGUCUGUUUGCCAAGGGUGCCGUGGUGUACACCAUCGGGUGCUUCUUCGCGGCCUUCGUGAUGCUGCUGUGCAUCCAUUUGAUUGAGCCGCUGAAGUACUGGAGGCCCUGCAACUAUGUCGCCAUCAUCGUGUGCUACGAACUGCUGACAGUGGGAGCUGCAAGUUUCCUUAUGAAGUGGCGUCUACUCUGGUCCAUUGCGGUGAUAGUUGUGGCUCUUCUGUGUCUCGCCAUCACGCUGUUCAUUUGUCUUUUUCUAAUUUGCACUGGAUUUUAUAUGAACCCCUUCAAGCUGGCCGUCGUGGGAGGAAUGCUAUUCGUACUGACAUUCUGCAUAGAAAUUAUGAACACGCUGCUGUCGUGGUGGUAUUGGCAGGAUGUGGCUGUUGGUUUCUUCUUUGUCAGUGUAGCCACUUUGGUCAUCUCCCACGUGCUGAUCGCGUACCACAGCUUCGCGUUCCUGGUCAGAGAUGACUCCGUCUUGGUGGCCAUCGUGCUCUACAUCGCCUACAUACUCUUCCUCAUCGCCUGUCGCCUUUCCGCCAUCUAUAUCAAGGACAACGCCGAUCAAUCCGCCACAUCGGCCAGUUCAGAUUAUGACGAGAGCACCCCAGUUGACGCAGAUUAUUCCUAAUCGUAGAGCUGUGUGAUACGUAUUCAUUUUCGACUCAUGUACAUUCUCUGUGUAAGCCUCCAUGUCUCAAGUUCAAUUAGAUCUUAGGUCACUUUCUUAAUAAUGAGUGUUUGACUAUUUGAAACACAAAGGCUUUUCAGACAAUGCUAACUAGGAAGCGUGUAUAAGGAGUAACUCUCGACGUGUUGGUAUUCGGUUUAAAAUCGAUCUUGAAGCUGUGUGAUUCAUC